ACCAAAGCGCUUGAGCGCGUGAAUGCGUGUGGAUAGUGUGUUCUACGAGAGGCUGAAGCGACGCGGUUGAUGCGUUUGACACUGGAACACAAUGACUCUACUGGGAUCUGAACAUUCCAUUCUGAUUCGCAGCAAGUUUAAAUCAGUCCUACAGCUGAGACUCCAGCAGAGGAGGACACGAGAGCAGCUCGCUGAGCAGGGCAUCAUGCCUCCCUUGAAGAGUCCGGCUGCGUUCCACGAACAGAGGAAAAGUCUCGAGCGAUCCAAGACGGGAGAUUAUUUAAAGCACAAAAUCAGAAGUCGACCAGAGAAAUCUGAGCUUGUCAACAUGCGUAUUCUACAAGUGAACCAUGGGAAGUUAGCGCAGCAGGAGGACUUGUACGCGUUUGAGGAGGACAGCAGCAGUGAGAGUCUGUCUCCAGAUCAGCUGCACAGUGAAGAGUCGCAGUGUUCAGCUGAAGCGCUUACAGAGAACAAGAGCUCACCGGCACUCACCAACACUGAUCAUGGGUCUCAGAGCAAAGACGGCAGCUCUCAGAACCAGGAGGAGAACAUGAUGAACAGCCAGGAAACACCUCCGAUUCCCGUUCCUGCAAUAGUCAAGCAGUCCAAAAUGUCUGAGAAGAACCGCCACAAGAAACCCAAAGACAUCAAGCCUAAAGUGAAGAAGCUGAAGUACCACCAGUACAUCCCGCCGGACCAGAAGGCAGAGAAAUCUCCUGCGCCGCAGAUGGACUCAGCGUACGCAUGUCUCCUGCAGCAGCAGCAGCUCUUCCUGCAGCUACAGAUCCUCAGCCAGCAGAAACCCCAUCCACAGCAGCAGAGCUUCAGCUACCAGACCCUCAGCCAGAACACCACACACAAGCCGUCCGGUGAGCAGCAGUCGUCGUGUGCGUCCAGUGUUCAGAGCAGCAGCAGCUCGUCAUCUCCAGUGAAGAGCAGCUCCUGUAACCCGUCCAUCAGCCCCCUCAGAACCGGACCGCUGCCCGCCGACCUGGACGACCUGAAGGUGUCUGAACUCAGGCAGCAGCUGCGCAUGCGUGGUCUGGCCGUGUCUGGCACUAAGACUGCGCUCAUCGAGCGGCUGCGGCCCUUCAGAGACUCCAGCUGCGCUUCUCCAGCCGCGUUCCCCGUGACGCCCACCGGAUCGCUCUCGUCCUGCCACUUCUACCGGUUCUGCAGCAGCGGCUCCACGCCGCCCAUCUCUCCGGCCUCGUCCGAGCUCUCCGUCAGCAGCUUCAGCGACGCCACCGUGUCCUCGCCACAGUUCGGCCUGAGCGCAGACGAGGGACCGGACCCCGAGAAGGACAAGAUGCUGGUGGAGAAGCAGAAGGUGAUCGAGGAGCUGAGGUGGAAGCUGCAGCAGGAGCAGAGGCAGGUGGAGGAGCUGCGCUUGCAGCUGCACAAGAGGAAGCGCAUGCAGGACUGUCCCGCUCCGCCGCAGCACAUGACGCAUCUGCAGCAGUUCUACAGUGUGUCUGUCAAGCAGGAGCAGAUGAAAGGCGGCUGCAUGGCUCACUGCGAUCUCCUGGAGCUGCAUUCGUCUGGAAGCCCCGCCGGUCUGUCUGCGCUCCUGAGCCCUCAGUGUUCUCCUGAAGAUCCGCCCGUCACCAAACCCUCCAGCAGCCCUCCAUCGCCAGACUCACACACGCUGCUGCAGAACGCAAGCAGAGCCACGCGCAGCACACAGCUGCAGCAGAAGAGCUGCUCGUAUCCACCUGACCAGAGAAACCUGCCGACGCUGUACCAUCAGAGUCCUUCAGAGACCAGCGUCAGCGCCAGAGGAUCCACCAGAGCCAAGAGCGCCGGCAGACAGCAGAACCAGAUGUCACGCAGCCAGCAGAUGGACGAGCUUCUAGACGUCCUCAUCGAGAGCGGAGAAAUGCCAGCUAACGCCAAAGAAGAGCGGUCUCCUGUAACCAAAGUUGUGCCUCACCUUACAGUUUCGCCCAAGUUCCACCGACACUACAGUCAGGUGUCGCCCUCCAUGCUGUGGUCCGAUCACGGAGACGCUCACCUGGAGCCGCUGCUGAGCCGGACGCAAGGAGACGCGGCGCUCCUGAAGAUGCCAGCUGAGGACGGAUUCACAAAGAUCUCAGCGGGUGCCGCCGAGGGUCACGGCCUCGGAAUGACCUUCGCGGAGUCGCCGUGGGAGACGAUGGAGUGGCUGGAUCUGAUUCCACCCAGCUCCGCCAACGCCUCCCACAGCGGCCUGCCUCCGUCUGGACCGAGCAUCUUCAACACGGAGCUCCUGGACGAGACCGACAUCAGCCUGCACCUGGAGCACUGCUUUGUUUCUUCUGGAAUGUAAUUCGUAUGACAGAAAGCUUUAGUAUUGCUAGGCCACUGAACAACAUCACCAGUAUUUGUCUCCACCGCUGUAUUACUGUACCAGAGCUCAAUAAACAAACGUAAAAG